AUGUCUUAUCCUCAAAUAUCACAGGCUCAAUUUGGUGGUCAGGCGACUGCUUCACCAAACCAAGGAGUUGAUGGAAAUGAACUAAGUGAAAACAUACAAGCAUUGGACUUAAAUCAACAACAACAACAAGCAGCAACAUCAACUAAAAAGAAAUCAAGACGUCCAGCUAGAGCAUUCCACACAGAGUUUAAUAGCCCUUCACCUGGCCCAGGUCCCAUUCCUAUUCGACCAAUUUCUCCAAUGGCAAAUCCAUACAUGAACCAACAAUCCCAAUAUUCCAUGGCACAGAGUUCAUCUUUCCCAAACCCGCUUAAUCCUUUGUCUCGUCCUCAAUCACCAGAAUCACACCCUCUUGAUACUAGAUCAACAACAAUUGAUCAAACAGUUUUACAGGAUAUGAAUUCUUUCAACCAGAAUACCCAGUUGUCUUUACAAGAACAGAGAUACAACACUCAACACGAGUUUCUUGUUCCAGAUGUGUCUGGUAACUAUACAUCGUUUAAUACUUUUGUUGAUAUCUCCCCACCAGAUGCCGGUACUCAAUUCCAUACAAUUGAUCAAGGAAAUGCCCUGUCUAAAUUUAUGAGAUCAACAUUGUAUUAUGUUCCAGAAUCUGAACAAUUAAGACUGGCUACAAAAUUACCUAUUUCUGUUACCGUCAGACCAUUUGCACCAGUUUUAAGCACCGAGGAUCCAAUUCAAACAGUUGAUUUUACCAUGAAUGAUCCACAUUAUAGACCAGAAGAUCCAUUGAGCAUAGGGCCAAUAAGAUGUCACCGUUGUCGUGCGUAUGUGAACCCAUCCAUGCAAUUCACUCAUAACCAAAGAUUUGUUUGUAACAUUUGUCAAUUUGCAAACAAUGUUGUUCCUCCUCAAUAUGCAACUGUCUUAGAUGGACGAGGAUAUAGAAUUGAUAAAUUUAAUAAGCCAGAAUUACACAAGGGGGUUUAUGAUAUUGUUGUUCCAAAUGAAUACAAUUUUGGUGGACCUGACAAGGAGUCUCACCCAUUCCAUGUUGUGUUCUUGAUUGACAUUAGUGAAAAUAGUAUCAAGCAAGGUUUACCUGUAUUAAUUGCCGAUUCUAUUCGUGCCACAUUGUAUAGCUACAACCCAGAAGAUGACGAAGUGGCACCAGAAUUGCAAGUCAUAGAAAAGAACACCAAAACAAAAAUUUCCAUUAUUGCAUUUGAUAAGAGAUUGCAUUUCUUUAACUUGUCUCCACAUUUAGAUGCUACUCAAGUUGCUGUUUCAUCAGAUUUGGAAGACCCAUUUGUUCCAUUCCAUACAGGUUUGUUUGCUGAUCCAGAUGAAAGUAGAUCAGUCAUUGAAGAUACAUUGAGUUAUAUUGAACAAUUAUGUUCAAGUGACAAAAUUGCCGACCCUGAACCUUGUUAUUCAACAGCUAUUAAGACCGCUGGUAUGUGUUUGGAUUUAUAUGGUGGUGGUAAAAUUGUAUCAGUUUUGUCUGUUUUACCAUCCUGGGGUCCAGGUGGAUUGAAAUACAAAGACAAUAAAUCUGUUGGAAGAACAGCUGCUCCAGAAGUCGAGAAGAAAUUAUUCACCCAAGACAAUGAAUUUUACAAAGCAUUAGCCAAAGAAUUUAUUGAAAAGAGUGUUGGCUUAGAUGUGCAUGUUGUGUCUAAUACAUCUGUUGACCUUUCUAAUAUCGGAUGGUUAGCAUCCAUCACCGGUGGUGAAAUUUCUCGUUGGGCCAAUUUUAAUUUUGAACGUGAUGGUAGAGCUUUGACAGCUAAGAUUUAUAACUCUGUUAAGAAUGUUGCUGGUUAUCAAGGACAAUUGAAAGUCCGUUGUUCAAAUGGUUUACAAGUUACUCAAUACUAUGGUACAUCAUCAAGUCUUGGUGAUACCACUAUUAUCGGUAAGACUCAAGAUCCGAUUAUCCCAAUUUUAACAAAAGACCACUCAUUCACUGUGUUGUUUGAAUAUGAUGGUAAAUUGAGUCCGAAAUUGGAUUGUCACUUUCAAGCUGCCUUGUUGUAUACGGAUCCAAAGGGUGUCAGAAAAGUCAGAGUUAUCAACUUGGUGCUUGCAGUUACAAAGAGUUUGGAAGAUGUUUUCCAUUUUGCUGAUGAAAGUGCCAUUGUCACUACCAUUACCAGAGACACUUUAUCAUUUGUUGGUGAACAAUCAUUACUCGAAUUACGUGAGUCAAUUAAUAACAAGUUGGUUGAUAUUUUCACACAUUAUAGAGCCAUGAAUGAAUAUGGACAUAAUCGUGCAAAGACUUUCACUAACAAGAUGUUAUUCCCAGAUGCUUUGAAGCAUCUACCACUUUAUAUGUUGUCACUUUUGAAAAGCACUGCAAUGAAGGCAUCUACUGGAAUACCGUCAGAUGCAAGAUUAGCCGACAUGUACAGCAUGUUGUCAAUGCCAAUUGAUAGAUUAAUGUAUCAUUUAUAUCCAGCAUUGGUUGAAUUGCAUUCUAUAGAAGAUGAAGAUUGUACAAUUGAUGAAGUUACUGGAUUUACCAGAUUGCCAUUGUAUAAAGAUUUAACUGUUAGAAGUUUGGAUCGUGGUGUUUAUAUUCUUUGCAAUGGUGACAAGGUAUUUGUUUGGAUUGAUCCAGAAGCCAAUAUUAUGUUGUUGAAAGAUGUAUUUGGUGAACAUAUUGAAAGUAUUAAUGAUAUUAAUCCAUUAAUGGAUGAACUUCCAGAAUUACCAACAGAAAUUUCACAACAAGCACGUAAUUUAAUUAAAUAUUUUCAACUGGAAAUCAAUGGUUUAUCAAGUUUAGGAUCAGCUGGUAUUAAUAUUGUUAGAAAAACUCUUGAUGGUAGUGAAUUUAUCUUUAGAGAAUUAUUAAUGGAUGAUCCACUUGGAGCAGCUGUUAAAACAGCAAAUGGACCAAGUUUUGCUGAAUAUUUGACUAGUUUACAUAAAGCUGUCCGUGUUAAAUUAGACAGUGAUAAAGCAACUCAAAAUAUUCGACAUUUAAUUUCAAAUAUUGAACAUGAUAGUGAUACCAUUGCACAAAGAUUUAUGCAAUUUUAA